AAACCAACAGCAGUGAUGCACUGUGACAAAUUUCAGGACAAAGAAAAAGUUAUUGAUAGAAAAGAAAACAGACUACAGGAUGAUCUGAAUCAUAAACAUAGAAAAGGACAGCGUGAUACAUUGAACAUACAGGAGAUCAGUGUUACACAUUCAACUGAUAAUGAUCUUUGUGUAGAGACAGAAAUAACAAAGGAAAGACAAACAGAGAAGCAGGAAGGAAAAGAAACUGUAGAGAAAAGCUCACAAGGCAGCUCUGAAAGAUGUGUCAAAAAUAAUGAAGGAAACACUAUAAAUGAGGAACACGAAGACAGACGGAUUAAAUCUGAUGAUACCGGGGUCACACAGCUUAAUUAUCAGCUGUUCCAGAUGGACAACACUGAGAAAGCCGACACUCAACUUCUAGAAAAUGUCAAGAGUCAUAAGAAUGCAGAUCAAGCUAACCUGGAAGUCAAUGACAACCCUGCUGUACAUGGUCAUCUUAACAAACAAGAUGUGAUGAAUGAUGGACAGAAGGAAUUGAUGGACUUCAGACCAGAGACGGAUAAACAGACUGACAACAAAUGGGUGUCCCUGACAGCAGACCAUAAAAACAACACAGAUUAUCAGGGUAGUGAAGGAUCAGGCGAUUCUAGAAAGGAUACUGGAGAAUAUGGGGGAGGUCGACAAAAUGUUGGAAAUGAUUACAGCUCUAAAUCUAUAAGUGUUGAAGCUGAUAAAGUAACGACAGGACAAAGAAACCUGUUAACUAGAUAUGACCUCUUUCAUGGAUCUCAGGACACCCAAACAGGCAGUGACAGAAUACAAAUCAUACCCAAAGAUAAUCAGAUGAAUGAACAGAGGAGCAUUAGCAGGUUUCUUAAUGAACCAAUAGAAGAAGAAGAUGUCAUGGGUGAAGCCAGUGAUCCUGAUGUUACACAUUCAGCACAUAAAGAUGUUUGUGUUCAAACACAGAGGAGGAGUGUGAGGGAUCACAGGGAAGAUACGAAAGAAGCUGAUAAAUAUAUUCAAAUGAGUGAAAUCACCAUUGAAAAUCCUGACAACAGUGAAGCUGUAAAGCAUGUUAUCAUGAGAUUAGAUGGUAGAGGGCAGAAAACAGCUGAGAAGAUUAUCAGUGUUACCUGUACAUCACAAAGUGUUGGUGGUGUGCAGAUACAGAGCAAAGAACAGAAAAAUGUACGUGACACCAAACACAAUCAAAGUGAGGGAAAUAAGAUAACAAAGGACAGACUAACAGAGAAGCAGGAAGGAAAAGAAACUGUAGAGAAAAGCUCACAAGGCAGCUCUGAAAGAUGUGUCAAAAAUAAUGAAGGAAACACUAUAAAUGAGGAACACGAAGACAGACGGAUUAAAUCUGAUGAUACCGGGGUCACACAGCUUAAUUAUCAGCUGUUCCAGAUGGACAACACUGAGAAAGCCGACACUCAACUUCUAGAAAAUGUCAAGAGUCAUAAGAAUGCAGAUCAAGCUAACCUGGAAGUCAAUGACAACCCUGCUGUACAUGGUCAUCUUAACAAACAAGAUGUGAUGAAUGAUGGACAGAAGGAAUUGAUGGACUUCAGACCAGAGACGGAUAAACAGACUGACAACAAAUGGGUGUCCCUGACAGCAGACCAUAAAAACAACACAGAUUAUCAGGGUAGUGAAGGAUCAGGCGAUUCUAGAAAGGAUACUGGAGAAUAUGGGGGAGGUCGACAAAAUGUUGGAAAUGAUUACAGCUCUAAAUCUAUAAGUGUUGAAGCUGAUAAAGUAACGACAGGACAAAGAAACCUGUUAACUAGAUAUGACCUCUUUCAUGGAUCUCAGGACACCCAAACAGGCAGUGACAGAAUACAAAUCAUACCCAAAGAUAAUCAGAUGAAUGAACAGAGGAGCAUUAGCAGGUUUCUUAAUGAACCAAUAGAAGAAGAAGAUGUCAUGGGUGAAGCCAGUGAUCCUGAUGUUAAACAUUCAGCACAUAAAGAUGUUUGUGUUCAAACACAGAGGAGGAGUGUGAGGGAUCACAGGGAAGAUACGAAAGAAGCUGAUAAAUAUAUUCAAAUGAGUGAAAUCACCAUUGAAAAUCCUGACAACAGUGAAGCUGUAAAGCAUGUUAUCAUGAGAUUAGAUGGUAGAGGGCAGAAAACAGCUGAGAAGAUUAUCAGUGUUACCUGUACAUCACAAAGUGUUGGUGGUGUGCAGAUACAGAGCAAAGAACAGAAAAAUGUACGUGACACCAAACACAAUCAAAGUGAGGGAAAUAAGAUAACAAAGGACAGACUAACAGAGAAGCAGGAAGGAAAAGAAACUGUAGAGAAAAGCUCACAAGGCAGCUCUGAAAGAUGUGUCAAAAAUAAUGAAGGAAACACUAUAAAUGAGGAACACGAAGACAGACGGAUUAAAUCUGAUGAUACCGGGGUCACACAGCUUAAUUAUCAGCUGUUCCAGAUGGACAACACUGAGAAAGCCGACACUCAACUUCUAGAAAAUGUCAAGAGUCAUAAGAAUGCAGAUCAAGCUAACCUGGAAGUCAAUGACAACCCUGCUGUACAUGGUCAUCUUAACAAACAAGAUGUGAUGAAUGAUGGACAGAAGGAAUUGAUGGACUUCAGACCAGAGACGGAUAAACAGACUGACAACAAAUGGGUGUCCCUGACAGCAGACCAUAAAAACAACACAGAUUAUCAGGGUAGUGAAGGAUCAGGCGAUUCUAGAAAGGAUACUGGAGAAUAUGGGGGAGGUCGACAAAAUGUUGGAAAUGAUUACAGCUCUAAAUCUAUAAGUGUUGAAGCUGAUAAAGUAACGACAGGACAAAGAAACCUGUUAACUAGAUAUGACCUCUUUCAUGGAUCUCAGGACACCCAAACAGGCAGUGACAGAAUACAAAUCAUACCCAAAGAUAAUCAGAUGAAUGAACAGAGGAGCAUUAGCAGGUUUCUUAAUGAACCAAUAGAAGAAGAAGAUGUCAUGGGUGAAGCCAGUGAUCCUGAUGUUACACAUUCAGCACAUAAAGAUGUUUGUGUUCAAACACAGAGGAGGAGUGUGAGGGAUCACAGGGAAGAUACGAAAGAAGCUGAUAAAUACAUUCAAAUGAGUGAAAUCACCAUUGAAAAUCCUGACAACAGUGAAGCUGUAAAGCAUGUUAUCAUGAGAUUAGAUGGUAGAGGGCAGAAAACAGCUGAGAAGAUUAUCAGUGUUACCUGUACAUCACAAAGUGUUGGUGGUGUGCAGAUACAGAGCAAAGAACAGAAAAAUGUACGUGACACCAAACACAAUCAAAGUGAGGGAAAUAAGAUAACAAAGGACAGACUAACAGAGAAGCAGAAAGUUGGUAGGGAUGAAAAUGUAGAAUUGGAUUAUUUUCAACCAAAAGCAAGAAUUGGAGCUCAGCGACUUACAGAAGGUGGACGUGGUUCAAAGAAGUCAAAUCCUAUUGUUAAAGUAAUUGACGAAGAACAUACAGAAAUUGAUAGUGCUUGUAAAGACGGCAGUCAAAGAAAGAUCAUCAUAAAGAAAAUUGUGGAUGAAACCACAGAAGAUAUGACAAAAUGGAUAGAGAGUCAAAGAAAUAUUAGAAGUAGUUUAAAUCUUUAAAUAGAUGAA